UGUGCUCAGUUGAGUUUUGGUUUCCGCGCUGUCGAGUCAAUGAAAACGGAAAGCCGCAAGUUGUUGUUGGCCGUGUUCGAAAAAAUAAAAUUGUGAGCAUUUGUGAGCUUGUUGGCUGAAUCACUGGUGUGACAAAUGCAUUUUGUGUUGCAAGAUUGAGGAAAAAUCUUAAAUUAACGGUGUUUCUUUAUUGCAAAAGUCGUCGAGUUCGUGGCUUAAGUCUUUUGUGGGCUGCAAAGCAAAGUUUUGAGUUAAUUUUUACGAAAAGUAAAUGCUUCGAGUAUUGGAAGUGUCACUAGUUAAUUGUUAAACUCAAAGUGCAAUUUCAAAUAAAAAAUCAACUUUAAAAUAAUUAAAAAGCCUACCUUAGAUAUUAAUUGUGUUUACGUGCGUGUUGAAACAAAACGCCUGAGUCUUUUUAAACGCCUUAAAAGCAAGAAUAAAGAAAGUUGUAAGAAAACAGGCAAAAGACGCGACAGGAUACACGGCAGAGGAAAAAUAAGGCAAAAAUCAAUUAUUUAUUCAGUUGCAUUGUAGACGGGCAUCCGUUUCCGGCCCAUUGUUCCAAUAACACACACACACUCACACACAGCUGAAUGUGCCGCCGCAUUUGAUGAAUGAAUCAGCAGCACUGCCUUCUGCCUGAACGAUCAAACAAACCGAGAGACGCAGCGCAUAAGGAGCACACACACAAUAACAACAAAAGCAGUAAAAGCAUUUUCGGUAAACAGCGUGACAUAAUCGUGCAUUCAUUCACCGACUCAGCAUUCAGCCAAAACGCAUUUACCUGAGCUCGCUGAAAAGCGAGAGCAAUUGGAAACCCUCCAAGCCGCUUCCGCACCGCACCGCAACGCCGUGUGAAAGGACAAAUCGACAAACGCAAGUGCAUUCACACACACACGCACGCACACUACGCAAGCGCUGUGCAAAUAGGGAAGUGUUCGUUGUUACAGCGUUGAACGUGCGCAUUUGAGCCGUAUAGAUAAGAUGCUUAUCACGCGUUCGGCAAAUCGCUUCAAGUGAAUAAACAACACGUCCAUAAAUACAAACAAACACACACGCACACACACACCUUUUGAACCUGUGUCCAUUUGAUAGUUCAUAGUUCUGUGACUAACAUUUGCUUUGCGGUCUUCCGAGUUUUACGUUGUUGCUGUUGUUGUUUGCGCUGUGUCACCCAAGCAGUGCAUAGAGUUUUCCGAAUUCACUCUUGUUUGUCUUUCACACACAAAAAAGUGUUUGCAGUGCGUUUAGAUAAGCCGAGCCAUAAACAAGUAAAAACGCGUCGCUCGGCUGAGAAAGUGAAGUGCCAAGUCAAGUUAUCGAGCUCCCAGCAAACCCCCGACGGCCUAAGGUAGCUGCAAGCAUGGCGGCUGAUAUCCGAGCAACGGCUCCUUUGAGCCCACACACACAACAAUUGCUCACUUUAAUCCUCAUCGUUUCAAUCAGUGCGGCGUUGGGCAAUGAUUUGCAUAUUUUGCAUGUCGAUACAGCAACGACAACAGCGGCCACACCAGCCAUGAACCCGACAGCGGCACUGACAACAAUCACAUUAUUAACGAAGAGUUCACCAUACAUGACAGCCACUAGAACAAUGGCGAACAACAGCAACAACACGGAUGAUGACAUGUCCAAUGCAGUUAUGUUAGCCGGCGGUGCUGGUUCUUCGUCGUUGAAGCCAACACCUGCGCCUAAGAUACCGCACCCACCGCCAGCGCUGAAGAUGACAGGAAAGCUGUACAACAAGGGCUUGCCGAAGCGACGAAAGGCGGGCGAAAUAUCGGCCAUUCCCGUUUACGAUCCCAGUGUGGAGUGGAAGUGUCCGAACGUCACGAGUUCGCGGAGUCUGGAAUGCGGUUGUGACCUACCGCAUACACUGCGCUGUACCGGCGAUUUGCAUGGUUUAACGGUGCUUGCCAGCAAUUUGAGGGUGUCACCAUAUACCAUCUCGCUGCUGGAUUGUUCGUUGAGGAAUGUAACCUUCUUGAGUGAUGCAAAGAUUUUCGAAGGCAUAUCUCUAUAUGGUUUGGUAAUUUCCUCCGGUGAAAUUAAGCGCGUUCAUAAAUCGGCGUUUUUGGGUAUAAAAGGACCCCUGCAAGCCUUAGGUCUCCCGGCAAAUGCGCUCUUAAGUGUGCCGUGGAACUCGAUAUCCACACUAACAGCGCUCGAACGUUUAGAUUUGUCCAAUAAUAAAAUAAAAGCUUUGGGCACUUCGGACUUUGCCGGUCUGUCAAACCUCGUAUAUCUUGAGCUGAGCAAUAACCAAAUAUCCAGUAUAUCACAGCGUACCUUCAUGAACUUAAGGAAAUUGGAAGUUUUGAAAUUGGGAGGCAAUCGUCUAGGCGAUUACCCGGCAAGUCUGAAAGCACUAACAGCUUGCUAUAACUUACGCCAACUUGAUCUCUCCGCCAAUAAUCUAAAUGGUCCCUUAACUGUCAACACCUUGCCCGCUUUGAGGAACCUCGAAUCAUUGGAGCUAAAUCGCAAUCUUAUCAAGAGCAUACAGAACAAAGCGUUGCAAAAUUUGUCUGGCCUCACUAGCCUCUCGUUACGUCAUAACCAAAUUGACGUGCUACAAGACCACGCGUUUUACGGAUUGGGUACCUUAGAGAACCUGGACCUCAGUUUCAAUGGCAUUGUCGCUAUUUCUAGUGCCUCGCUGCAACAUCUUACACGACUCACAACACUCGAUCUCACACACAACUUUCUGCGCGCGCUCACUUCUGAUCUGAUCACGCCAUUACCCUCACUACAAGUCCUGCGAUUGGCCGGCAAUGAUAUCUCAAUUGUUGCGAAAAAUGCCUUGGAUGGCGCACGCGAACUGAAGAGUCUCUCCAUGCAGGAUAACCCUUUGUCUUGUGACUGCACUAUACGUUCGUUUGCCGAGUGGCUGCAGGUGGCUAAAAUACAGUCGGGCGAUUUAAUAAGCGCUACCUGUGUAACACCGCCUCGGCUGGAGGGUGCACCUCUCAUACAAGUGCCGUUGGAGACUUUGAACUGUGAAAUGGACAAUGUGGAGAAGGAUAAUGCGAACAUAAUCGAACAGUUGGAAGCGAUAACCAGACAAAACCAUACCACGCAUAUUAAAGACCUUUCGGAGGAGAUUGUACUACAUGAACUACAUUUCUCAGCCGAUUACGGUUUAAUACUAACCUGGGUACUUAACCUGAGUAAGAACGACUACAUGUGCGAUGCCAUCUUUGUCUACAAAGAAGAGAAUAUCAACGAAAUACUGAUCGAUAACUCACCGAUCCAUUGUGAAAGCAAGGUGCUGAAUGGUCAAAAUACUGUUAGCGUCAUUGUACCGGAUAGCUCUUCUUUGGAAAUCGGAGAAAGUUACCGUUUCUGCCUCGUUAUGGUGCAGGAGCAAAACCACGACGCCGAUCUGAAUGUAGGCUGCUCCAACAUUACAAAACUACAACUUAGCAGCCCUGGCGCAAUUCCCGAGGUACGACAAUACCAAAGGCGUCCAUAUAGAAACGAGCUGCCCUCGUAUCGCGACAGCGAAACCAACUUUACUCCCAUUGUCGCUCAUACAGUGGAUGAGAAUUUCACGAAUUCUAAACGAAAUCCGAAUGCAAUAUACGAAGAGCCACAACAGUCUACACAGCAGCACACAUACAACUUCUUGGACUCGCUAAAUAAGAGUUUCCUGCCCGGCUUGGGCGUUGGUAUACUCGUAACAUCGGUGGUGGUGCUCAUAUGGGGCGCCACACGCAUACGACAAGGUGCGAACAACAGCCGACCGAGCACGCCCACUGCGACCACCUGCUAUGCCGCCUCGGAACAUAUAGCCCGCCUAGCAGAUACCGAGAAUGGUACGCGCUAUUUAAAGUUGCAGGCCACUACCAGUCUUUGAGGAUCCCUCAAUCUCACCAACAAUUUGUUUAGUGAGUGGAGCCAGCUUUUGUAUAUACAUACAGAUAUAUAUCUGUGGAUCCGUUAAUAUUGUGAGUUGCUGCCUAUAGUAUUUGAAGUUCAGCAACUCUUGUGAUAGUACACUCUUGUACCAAUGCAUUAGAGUAUGGUUUUUCAAUUUUCGAUCGAUUUUCUAGUUGUAAAGUUAACACUAUAGCACCUAAGCCAAAUAUAAAACAAAUUGUUAAUUCCUCUCUUAUAG